AACAGAUUAUACAAUUCUAAUCCGGGAUAAAUCUUUCAGGUGGCCUAUAUGACUGAAUGCGCUUAUUGCAAUAAAACAAUGCGGAUAUCGCCAUGGGACUUCUAUCUGGCACUAUGUUUCAUGCUUUUCUAUUGAUUUUAGUGACGUUUGUACUUACUAGUGAGGGUGGUGAGCAGUUGAAUCUGCAAGGAGAUGACAUGAAUGCGCUUUUGGCUUUAAAGGGGAGAAUUAAUCUGGAUCCGGAGGAAACGCUUUCGACUUGGAAUGCAGGGGAUAAACAUCCCUGUAACUGGACUGGAGUUUCCUGCAUCCUUAAGUGGGGGAUUUUCAGAGUGGGUAAGCUCAGCCUGGCCGGGCAUCAUCUGGGAGGAGAGAUGCCCCCAAAUCUGGGGAACCUCACUUAUCUCAAACAUAUGGAUUUUUCUUCCAAUUCAUUCACUGGAUCAAUUCCUUCGGAAUUUGAAAAAUUAAAGGCUCUGAAUUAUCUGGAUUUAAGCCGAAAUCAGCUCGGUGGUGAAUUACCCACCCAGCUUGGAAAUUGCUACGCUCUGAUAACCUUGAAUCUGAGUAGCAAUCUGUUUACAGGAUUCCUUCCUGCGUCCCUCGGCAAUCUAAAGAAUUUGGUGUCUCUUGAGCUUAAUGGCAUUGUGAGUCUGACGGGUGAAAUCCCUGCAGAGCUUGGUAAGCUGCAGAAAUUGAAGCAGUUGUCUCUGUCUCAGAACAACAUUACGGGUGGGAUACCUCCAGCACUUGGUGCGCUCAGAAAUCUCCAAGUACUCUCUCUCGAAGGAAAUGCUCAUCUUUCUGGGAGCAUUCCCCCUGUUCUUGGUCGGCUUGGGAAUCUGAGAAUCCUCUUGAUUUCUCGCACUAAUGUGGGUGGAAACAUUCCUAUUGAGCUUGGACAGCUGUAUAAUUUGGAAAUCAUGGACUUAUAUCUUAACAGGUUAAGUGGCGGCGUUCCGAAAGAGCUGGGGAGGCUGAGGAAAAUAAGAAGGCUCUACUUGUGGGAGAAUCAGCUGUCCGGAAGCAUUCCUCCGGAAUUGGGGCAACUUACCAGGUUGGAGGAUUUUACCCUGUCUGUUAAUUAUAUGAGCGGAAGCAUUCCUCUGGAGCUCGGGAAGCUGAGGAGGUUGAAAUAUAUAUACUUGUCUUCCAAUAAACUCAACGGAAGCAUUCCUAAAGAGUUGGGACAGCUCAAGAAUUUGAGAAUUCUCACUGCCCCUGCAAACCAGCUGUGUGGAAGCAUUCCCAAGGAGUUGGGGCAGCUGAGUGAGUUGGAAAGCGUUUUCUUGGGAUCCAACAAUCUGACCGGAGCCAUUCCUGUGGAGUUGGGUAAGUUGAAGAAGUUGCGGGAACUCUCCUUGUCAUGGAAUCAGCUAUCUGGAGUUAUUCCUCGCGAAUUGGGUCAGUUACGUAGCCUGCAAAUUCUCCAUCUGUCCUCAAAUAAACUGACGGGGAGAACACCCCAAGAGCUGAGCCUGCUGAGCAAUCUGGAGGAGCUUCUAUUACAGGACAACAAUCUCAAUGGCAGCAUACCUUCACAUAUUUCACAGAUGAAAUCUUUGCAGUAUCUCAACAUGGGCAGAAACCUUCUCUCUGGAAAUAUACCGCCUGAAUUUGGUAAGUUACAAAAGCUUAGAUAUCUUUCUUUGGCUCUGAAUAACUUGUCAGGAAGCAUUCCAAAGGAGGUAGGCCAAUUGAGUUCUUUGGAAAGCCUUUAUUUGUAUGUGAAUCAUUUCUCCGGAAGCAUUCCCUCUGAGCUGGGCAAUCUAAGUAGGCUGCAUGAAAUGCAUUUGGGAAACAACCAUCUUUCCGGACAGAUACCACAACAGCUAUUCGUGCUACCAAAUCUACAGUCGCUGAGCUUGAGCGAAAACAAUUUAAGUGGCAGGCUCACAUCGUCUUCCUGGCGGCUUCUAGUCCACAUUGAUGUCUCAGGCAAUAGAUUAUCUGGUGACAUUUUUCCUGUAAUCGCAAAUUGUUCUGAGCUCAACUAUAUCUUUCUUGACAACAAUUUGUUUGAAGGGAAAAUAUCUCCCGAGCUUGGGUUAAUGAAGGGUCUACUAGUAUUAUCUCUUUCAAAUAAUCAACUGGCAGGAAAUGUUCCAGCUUCCUUUGGAAAUCUCAGCAAUUUGAUGUAUCUCAAUCUCGGCUACAACCGUCUGGAUGGAUCUGUACCUGCGAGCUUGAAAGGGAUGACAAAGCUGAGAUUGUUAUCAAUGAAAUAUAACAGUUUGAAAGGCUCUUUGCCCGAGUGGGUUUGGAAUUCGAAAGAUUUGCAUGUAGUGGACUUGUCAAACAAUCUGUUUUCUGGCCAUAUUUCGCGUCAAUUUUCCGAGAUGCAAGUUCUGCGGAGUGUACCCAAUCCUUCAGAAGAGGGUUCUCAGGACGACAUAUUGUGGGGCAGCUUUGACGCUCUGUCGGGCAAUGGUUUCACCAGUUCAGACAAAACCAACGCCCAGCUUAUUUUCAAGGGCCACCAGCAAGAUUUCCAACGUCUUUACCGCACAGAGGGCUUCAUAGACUUGUCCAGGAAUCGGCUAAUUGGUGAAAUUCCCUCACAAUUUGGCCUGCUCAAGGGACUCAGAAGCCUAAAUGUUUCUUCCAACAAAUUGUCUGGGCAUAUUCCGCCGGAUCUCGGCAGUUUACCAAUUUUAGAGUCACUGGAUCUAUCAAACAAUAUACUGGACGGCUCAAUACCCCAAGUGCUGGCCAAGAUUAAUUCCUUGGCAAUAAUGAACCUGUCAUAUAACAGACUCUCCGGGUUAAUACCUGAUGGUGGUCAGUUCAAUACCUUUGAUAAUUCAUCUUAUUUUGGCAAUGCGGGGCUUUGUGGAGCUCCCCUAUCUAACACCUGCAAAUUAAGAAACAGAACGAUUGGGACGGUACCCCGGGAAGAGGGUUCUAAACAAAACACAAGGGCAAUUGAAUUAGCCGCUAUAGUUUUUGGAAUCGCAAGCUUCUUUGCGAUUUGUACUGCGAUCUUCUUCAAGUGGAGGUGUUCUCACGCGCCCAUUCAAGAUGCUACUGAUGACAUGGAGAUGCAUUGUUUUGGAGAGGGUUUGAAGGUGACCGAAAAGGAGUUGUACAAUUGUACAGACGGAUUCAGCGACACAAAAAUCAUAGGCACUGGGGCGUCUAGCACUGUGUACAGGGGAGAACUCAGCAGAGGAUUGAGCGUUGCAAUCAAGAAGCUCAAUGUAGAGCAGCUUGGCACAGAGGCCCAGCGGAGCUUCGUGGCAGAGUGCAAGACACUGGGCAAAAUUAAGCACAGGAACCUUGUCAGAAUGCUGGGCGUUUUCUCCAAUCUGGAUACCAAAAUGCUUUUGCUCCAAUUCAUGCCCAAUGGUAAUUUGGAUAUGCAUUUGCACGGCUCAGAUAUGUGCCGACUCAGCUGGCAGACCAGACUGAGGAUCGCAUCAGGCGUUGCAAACGCUCUGAUGUAUCUUCAUGAAGAAAGUGGUGUCGGGGAGAUUGUUCACUGUGAUUUGAAGCCUUCCAACAUCCUUCUAGACCAAGAUUUCGAGGCCCAUAUCAAUGAUUUUGGAAUUGCACGCUUAAUCGACCCUGAACUUCACGGGGCAACACUUUCCAGCACAUUUAGAGGCUCGCUGGGAUACAUGGCCCCAGAAUUUGCCUACAGCGAAAAGGUUUCAACAAAGGCGGAUGUUUAUAGCUACGGAGUUGUGGUGCUUGAAAUGAUUACAAGGAGGAAACCCACGAGCCCAUUUGAUGGCGAAAUGACGUUGUGUGAAUGGGUAAGGUCUUUGUAUCCGAGGAAAGUAAUGGAUGGAGUGGAUGAUGGUGUUAAAGAAAAUGCCACAACCGAUCAAAUAGUUUCCCUGCUAAAUGUUGGCCUCCUCUGCACUCAAGCUGCUCCCAGUAGCCGCCCAUCCAUGAGGCAAGUAUUGUCUCUUUUGACCUCCAUCCACAACGCGUCCCAUUAAACCUUAGCAGUGCUAGACAAGUCGUUUAUGCAGAAAACCUUGUACGUUUUAUUCCUUCCGUUUUCACAAUUUCAAACUGUCAAAUUGUACAUUAAUUAGUCUUUUAGAGCGUCAGCAGCAGAUAUACAAAUCAUAGAGUAUUUUUGUCUUAUUUUUUGUGGUUUUACAGUAAUGAGGAUGCAGAUCAUAAAGAUUUAGCUACUGAAAUUUUUGUGAAAAU